AUGAAAGCUAAAAAUACUAAAUUUAAGUAGUAAACUAAAUAAAAUAAAACUUUUAACUCUUAGCAAUAAUAAAAUAAUGGUAUAGAUGCUUAGCAGUAAAUAUCUUUAUAAGAAACAGAGGUGAUAGCUUAAGCUUAAGAAGAAUAUUUAAAUGAUAUAUAAGAAUAGGAUUAUUAGUAAAGCUAAUAAAAUUAAUAAUAUGAUGCGAUAGAUUUGUAGGAAAAAACAAAUUAUUUAUAUUAUGAGAGAAUAAAAGAAAUGUAAAGAAAUUUAGACUUGAAUGAAGACAAUAAAUCAUUAGAAUUGAGAUAGAUAGAAUUAGAAGAAAUGUAUAUUGGAAAAUUAAGGGAAUAGAGAUAAAGGAUGGAAUAAAUUAAACUAGAAUUUGAAAAGAAGUAAAAAUAUAUAAACGAACUAGAAAGAAAAGUAGCGUAAUAUGACUAUAUGGAAGAAUAGUAUAACUAGAUAAAGAAAAAACUAAAUGAUUCGUUAACUGUAUCUGAAGAUUCAGUUUUUGAAAUAUCAAAAUUAAAAAAAGAAAUUCAAAUACUAGAGCAAAAAGUUGAUAGAUUUAAAAAUGAGAUAUCUGAGAAAGACUUAAGGAUAUAACAUUUGUAUUAGGAUUAAAUGAUGUAUUUAAAAUAGGGCAGUGAAGUAUAAGAAUAGAUAGAGAAAUUUAAACAAAAGCUUAUAGAAAAUGAAACACAGUUUCAUUUGCAAUUAGAAUAAAAAAAUUUACAAAUGCAACAACUGAUUGAAGAAAAUAACAUUUAUACACAAAAAAAGAUAGAUACUGAUUCUUUAAUUUAUGAAAUAGAGAUUUUAAAAACUUAAAACGCUGAGUUAGAAAGAGAAAUUAAAAAGUUUACAGAUAUGUAUUAACAUGAAAAGAAAUAAAAAGAAGAGGCUAUGAAUAAAUUAGAAAAACUAAGUUCUUCGAAUAACUUGGACAUUGAAAAAAACUAGAAGAAUUAAUAAUAGUAUUUAAAGCUAAUUAAUGAAUUGCAAGAGGAAUUAGAUAAGCAUAACUAAUUACUGAAAAAGUAAGAAGAGACCAUUUCAGAAUUCCGUAAAAUGAAGCAGUAAGAUGAAAGAAAGCUAUUGAUGAUAACUACAGAAAUGGAUUUAUUUUAAAAAGAAAUUGAAAAAUUAACUUUAUCUAAAAAAUAACAAAGGGAUGAGUUGUUACAAUAUAAAUUUAUAGUAGAGCAAAAAGACAAUGAGUUGAAGUCUUUAAAGGCAUCUAACUAAGAACUAAAAGCUAAAAUUAUGCAAUUUAGUGACAAUUCUAUUUACGAAAAUAGAAUUAAAAAGGAUCUAAAUAAGAUAAAGGAAGAUCUGAUAUAAGCAAGAAGCCUAUAAAUAGACAAAUAUAAUGAGAAUUAUUGUUCAAAUGAAAUUAAUCAACAAUAAUUCGUAUAAAAUAAUCAACUUGACUUAUAAAAUUAGUGA